GACGAGAAAUCCGAUCGAUGGAGGAGGGUAUUUAAACUUCUCCACGAUCCAGGAUUCUGCAUUGAAUCAGUCGAGAUGGAAGCUUUACAAUGAACCUGAACCCGAGUCCAAACUCUGGACCGGCUGAAGCUGACCUCACAGCAGAGAAAUUCUUGAGCUCCACUGGACUUCGAAUAUCUGCAGAGCUUCAGCUAACGAAAUCGGGGUAGUGAAUUCUCGAGCUGCAGCGAAGACUCUUCAGCGAUGCACUCGACUAAAGAAGGGACCUCGGGAAGCAGGGGAGGCCUCAUGGAGAUGGUCUCACUUACAGUACCUCAAUCUUCCAGCAGCAAUUCAGCGAGAAUGGCCGGGCAAAUCUCACAGAGAGCACGGAGAAGAAGCGGUACAGUAGCACUCGUUUUCAGUUGCUGUGUUGUUGCAGUAGUUCUAUGCAUGGUGUUCCUCGUAUCGCCUCAGUCUGCAACGGGAACUCAGGAUUCCUCUGAAGCCUCUGAAGCUGUCGUCCACAAUCAUCAUCAUCAUCAUGGGGUUAGCUUUCAAGAAGUCAAACAUCGACCCAGUGGUGUACAUGCCGAUGAUCAACAGUGGGGAGAAUCGAAAGCCACUUACCAGGCUACCAUGAACCAGUCGCUCCCUUACCGUACUGCGUUUCAUUUCCAGCCCACCAAAAACUGGAUGAAUGAUCCCAACGGAAUGAUGUAUUACAAGGGGUGGUAUCAUCUGUUCUACCAGUACAAUCCUUACGGUGCACUGUGGGGCAAUAUCGUAUGGGGGCAUGCUGUGUCCAAGGAUCUCGUCCAUUGGAAGUACGUGGACGACGAUGCCAUCGUCGGAGGUCCCAAGUGGUAUGAUCUGCUGGGAGCAUGGUCCGGUUCGACCACAUUUCUAGAAGAUGGUACUCCAGCUCUUUUGUACACAGGGUGGUCGAAUGUGUCCUCUGUCGUACAAAUUCAGACGCAGAAUUUGGCACUUCCCGUGGACAAAGAGGACCCUCUGCUGAGAAAAUGGUACAAAUCCGAGGCCAAUCCGGUCAUGGUGGCCGAGCCAUGGAUGGAUGCGACCAAAUACAGGGAUCCGACCGAGGCAUGGAAAGGAAAGGACGGACUCUGGAGGACGCUCAUCGGAGCCAGGCUGACAGACAACGUCACAGGCACAUCGCACCUCUACAAGAGCAAGGAUUUUGUCAACUGGACGUAUUCGCACGACAUCCACAUGAUCAAUGGGACGGGAAUGUGGGAGUGUCCGGAUUUCUUCCCAGUGGCGCUGAAGGGGAAGAGCGGCCUGGACGUGUCGGUCAGCAAUGGCAUGGUGAAGCACGUAAUGAAGGUCAGCCUCGACAACAACAAGCACGACUACUACUCGGUGGGCACCUACAACGAGCAGACGGAUGAGUUCAAGGGCGACAGUCCGAGCAUCGAGGUCGGGAUCGGAUUGCGCUACGACUACGGGAAGUUCUACGCAUCCAAAACCUUCUUCGACAAGAAGACGAACAGGCGCAUCCUCUGGGGCUGGUGCAACGAGUCCGACAGCGAUAACGAUGCGCUCACGAGCAAGGGCUGGUCCGGGAUCCAGGCGCUGCCCAGGCAAAUCUGGCUCGACCCGGCCACGCAAGUGGACCUGAUCCAGGUGCCCGUGGAGGAGGUCGACGGCUUGCACAGGGACAAGGUGAGCAGGAACGGAUUCACGCUCACAGCAGGCGCCGUCAUGCCGAUGCCCGGAGUGCACGGGCCGCAGCUCGACAUCCAGAUCAAAUUCCUCAAGCCCAAGCUCGAGCAAUCGAACGCGCUCUUCGAGGGGUCGGAUGUGGCCGCGCUCGAAGCGCAGCUGACCUGCAGCCGCACGGGCGCGGCGCACCGUGGCUACCUGGGCCCAUUCGGCGUGCUGGUGCUGGCGGACGAGCAGCUGCAGGAGCAGACGGCGGUGUUCUUCUACCUGCAGGUGCUCAAGGACGGGACGUGGAAGGGCCUGAUCUGCAGCGACCAGAGCAGAUCGUCCAUGCAGGACGACGUCGACAAGACGGUGUACGGGACUUACGUGCGCGUGCUCGAGAGCGAGAAGUACCUGAGCAUGCGCACGAUCGUCGACCACUCGGUGGUCGAGACCUUCGCCCAGGGCGGCCGCACCGUGGUCACCUCGCGCGUCUACCCGACCGUGGCCGUCGACCAGGCGGCGCACUUCUUCCUCUUCAACAAUGGCUCGCAGGAUGUUCAGGUCCACAGUUUCAACGCCUGGCGCAUGGAGUCUGUGCACAUGGAGCAACUGCAAUUUUGAGGCGGCCGCCCGGUGAGUGUAUCGAUAGGUUCGUGGUUCGAGGGCUCGGAAGAGGUGCGGCAGCAGCAGCAGCAGCGUAGGUUAGAAAUUGUCGUCGAGAUUUGAGCGCUGAUUCACUUCUGUUGAUUAGGUGUGUACAUAUUCGGGUGGCAUGGGAUUGGCGGUCGUAAGAGGCAGUGUAAUUCUCACGGAGUGGAUCGAUUCCUUCUUGUACAAUUGUUGGCUGGAUCGCCCGCCUGUCUGAUCGAUUGAUUGUGGUCUAUUUCAUCAUCAAUAAACACAUUCUCACAAGAGGGGUAUGAGAUUGAACAUUUUCUUCAAUCUCAUUUUGUUCAUUUUGUACAUUUUGUAAGUCGGUAGCCGAGGGAAGCUUCCUUGUCGUGCUCGGUUUAGGAACGGCAUCAACUUGCCCCGUCAACUUGUCGUCCGUGUAGUGAGGAUGCGAAAUGUCACAGCAACUUUCACGGCAUGCGUUCCAUGGCCCAUCAUCUUAUGGACCUCUGUCAGCGGAACGACCAAAUUUUCCAUUUGAUCGGUAAUUGCUAGCGGAACAUCACUUCGAGCGGUUGACAGAGGUGUGGAGCCGGGGACUCCAAUCCUCAAUCAUGGUACUUGUCUGCCGAUGCGUAAUGUCUCGUGCAAAAGUUUGAUUGUAAAUAUCUAGGCAGUGGAAUUCACGAGGCUAGGGCUGACGUCCUACAGGACGCAUCCAAACUUCAUAUGAAUGCGUCUCCUGCCAAUCUCAGGUUCCGAAAACUCGGUGGCUGCGACAUUUUUAGUGUGUUGUAUAUUUACAGUAACGACGACCUCACCACGUCGGGCGCCAAGAUUCUGGGUCACCACCCAGAAUCAUUUCAAAGUCUUGUGAGAUUCGAUCUCCGGAUACCUGUGAGUAAACCGUC